AUGGUAUACCCUCAUAUUGUACUUGUUGUAAGAUUCCGAAUCAAUCUGCAACGCUCCAGAGGUGUCCUGUCGACUUUCAAUACAAUCGCUUCCUUCGCAGGCUCUGCUUUCCACGCAGACUCGAAAGGGCUGGUUCCGCUUCAGGGGCUCACAGUGAGUACCCCGUCAGGCUCUGCUUCCCACGACAGACUCGAUACACCACGUACAGGUGAGAGUCUUCGCAUCCCUAAGGCUUAUAUCAACCAUAUCACCAAGGUCGAAUUCUUUAUAGCCUUCAAAGCAGCAUAUCUACAAUCAAUAACUGUUCAAAAUGGAUUAUCUGGAUUCCGCGGAGCUGGAUUAAUACCCUUUGAUCCUCAAACUGUGAUUUCUAAGCUAGAUAUCAAAUUACGAACACCUACACCUAGCAGAUCCUCCUCUGUAGAGCUCGAUCCUUGGGUCUCUCAAACACCUCACAACUCGAACGAUGCUCUCUCGCAAUCAACCUUAGUUAAAAAUCGAAUUGCACAACAUCAAGGAAGCUCUUCUACACCUAUAUUUGAAACAAUUGCAGUUUUAGCUAAGGGUACAGAGAUAUUAGUUUAUGAGAUAACACUUAUAAGUACUGAGAUUCGUACUUUUCGAAAAGCAAAUGAGGUAUUGAGUAAACGUCGUAGAGCUAAAAAGAGUCGGAUCCGUGAAGGAGGAGCACUUAAUUCGACGCGACGAGCAUCUAAAGAGGGGUAA